AAAUGCUGACCGCACUGCGUCGGAAAAUUCGGUUCGGUAUGCAGCGAACGGUUCUCAUUGCGGUCCUGCUGGCGGUGGGCAUUUUCAGCUACGCCUUCCUCAACCUCAAGUUCUGCUUCAAGUUAAUGUCCCACAGGAGCCUUAACCUUAUGUGCCAGAAAUUCGAAAAGCAUGAGUACAGCGGCUCUCUUUGCGAGGAACUCUGCGGAGCCCAAUCUUCCUUCGACAACUUCCAGUGUCCUUUGAAUGAUAUGAAAACUAUACUCUUCACGGCCGAGAAAAACGGUGAUAUGUAUGCGGUGAAGCUGGCCCGGCAUAAUGACGACGAGCUGAGCUGGACCAACAGCAAGGGAGAGUCCAUCUAUCCAAAGCUAGAAGAGUUCCAUGAGAUUGUCAAGCUGCAUAUCAUUUUGGCCUAUAAUGUCACACUGGAUGAUAAUAUGAUCCGCGCUUUGGUCAACCAGGAAAUAGCCGAUGAUAACUCCCAGCAAAUGGUCAGUUUCUGGCGGCUCUUCAAGGACAACAACUAUAUGAUGGGCAAACUGUUCGAUGAAGAAUCCAUUUUCCCAGCUGUCCUAGGUUCAUGUGGACCCUACUAUGCCACUGAGGGAUUGCAGAUUGUCCAGUCCAAUCCCAGUAUUAUGCAGUAUCUAGCCUCCAAUCGCUUGCAGCGCCUGAAGCACGCUCUCAACAUCAUGGAAUACAUUUUCCGGCUGGAUGAAAUGAAGCCGGAACCCCUGAAGAUGUGCAAGAUGCAGGUGAAUCGCUUUGGGACCACGCCGGAGCGCCGGCUCAAGUACCAGAGCGCCGAACAUGUGUAUGUGGAGAGCCAACUGGACAAGAGGCUGUCGCGGGGCGUCAAGUGCCGCACUAGCCAGGACUGCCACUUCCACUCCUGCCGUGGCAUGUGCGAUGAGGCCAAACACUCCUGCACGCACAUCCAGCAGAAUAACAACUUCCAGAUAUUCUGCGAGCACGUCCUCCUCGGCGGCGGCACCUUCCAGCCGGGCCUGCUGAGUGGCGUCCGUCUCUCGAAGGUCCUGCAAAAGCUGGUCAAGAUGUGCGUCCAGCCACCUCCUGAGCAUCAGGUUCCGGGACGCCAGCAGGCGCCCAAUAUGCAGCUUGCCCUGCGAGUCUACAAUGAGCUGAAGCAGCUGCAUCAGGCGGCGGCCACAGCAGCGGGAACCGAGAUCACCGACGAGGGACAGGCACAGCGGGGAGGUGCCUAAAGUAAGCGAGGCUCUGGGAACUAGUAGAAGAUGUAGAGAGUAGAUCAAUUGGCGCACAGCAGCUUUGCUCAAAACU